CUUCUAUCUCCUCUCCUCUAUUCUUCAAUUUUCCUCUUCCCAAGUAGAGUUUUAAUUAUCUUACUUGCAUAUACCAUAGUCCUGUUUUCUUGCUGCUUCCUUAUCUAUCAUUUCAAAGGCAUAUGUUUUGUUGAGAAUUGAAGAUUAGGAUUCCAUUUUCCAGUAGGAACCCUCCAAUUCAACCCUCCAUAAGGCUCCAGUUUAGGAACAGCUGUAAUUGGAAAUUGGAUGGACCCAUUGUGGGUCAAUACUGAUUUGGAUGUUUGGAACGACUUUGAUCAAAUUAUCAAGUCACACUUUUGGAGUAUGUGGUUCAGGCUUCAUACUUCUCACCCAAAGUUGGUAAUCCCCACAUUUCCCAUUCAUAUGAGGUUUUGGUAUUGGUUGCUGAAACUAGCCCAUUGUUGAUCUUGCAUCAGCACAUGUUGGUUUGGCAGCUUAUAAAAAUUCAAGACUAGCGUUUUUAGGACUUUGUUAGUUCUUACUUAUAAUUUUAGUAUAAUCUAAGUUUUAAUUAUUCCCAUACAUAAAUUGUUCUGAUAAAACUUUAGGACAUAUUAAAUCCAUGGACGCAUGAAGAAAUUCUUUGGUCUGGUAUAAGAUAAAAUUUAAUAAUUAUAUUAUGUUGUAAAUCGUGUGAGUAAUUAAAAAAUUACUUAGCAUAAUUAAAAUAAUAGUACACAUAGGAUAUGAUCGGAUCGGUUUCUGGCCCAAUUAGAGUUUGUACCAAUCAAAAGAGGUCGGGUUGAUUCGGUUUGGAUUUCAUGUUUUUUUACUUCAAACCCAAUCUAAACUAAUCAUGACCGGGUUCAGAUCAGGUUCGAAUUGAACCGAAGAGAGGAGAGAAGACGCCGAGUGUGGCGCUAGCUAGAAGAGAAUAGAGGAAAGUAGGUCUCAAAACAGAACCUACAAUCACAAAGAUUGGUUAAGGGAAAGAGAAGAGAAUAGAAAAAACGAGAGUACCUACCUCUACAAUGGUGGUACUGACUCGAAGAAGAAAAAGAGAGGACAGGUGGCUUCGCAGCUGAAGGACAGAGGCGCGAGGACAUAUUAGGUCUUUGAGUGUUAAGAGGAUUAGGUCUUUGAAUGCGAGAGAUGAGACGGCUUCGCAAGUAAGAGGGGAACGAAAUAGGGAAGAAAAGUUUUAGUGACAUAGGGUCAGGUUAUUGGCUCGGCUCAUUGUUUUCCCGUACUAAACCCUUCAUCCCUCUUUGAAUCCGAGUACACCCACGAGCCCAACACAACCUAUUCUUUUAGUUUCGGUUCGGGUUGGGUUGACCAGGUUGGUCAUAUUUAGAUUAUAAAUGCUUAUUUUCUAAAACCAACUGAACAAUCUCUCUUGGGGGUUUAGGUAACGAUUACGUUUGAUGAAUUCUAAAUUCUUGUCGUGUUCUACAGUGGUCCCCUCUACGUAUUGGGUGUUUCUUUUCUUUACAGCCUCACUUUCAUUUAGACCAAAUGCCUAACUUUGAACGUGUCAACUGUCAAUGAUCCAAUGAAAACAACCUCAGGAAUUUUUCUCCAACUAUUCAUGAUUUGGAUUUUUUGUUCUCACGUCUCACUUAUUAUCCCUUGUCUCCAUGUAGUUUUUUCCAUCUUCCCCUGUUUCCUGUAAUUUCCCUUUAAAUCCUUUAUCUCGUUAAGUAUUGCUUUUUUGAAAAAUAUACUAAUAAUAGCUAUAUUUUACUGCCAUAAAACCUUUAGUUUUUUACUGCAUAAAACUUGCUCGAGUCAUUAGCUAUAUUGAUUUGGCAAAACUACAUCUUAAUUGAGGUUAUAUUUGUGUUUUUGUUUGUCAACAGAGUUGUUGAUGAUUGCAUUAAUUUGUAUGAAAAGUCAAGCAAGUCUUUUUUUUCCUUCUUUCUGGUCCAACACGUCUUUCACCAUCAUGCAUUGUGGACUUCAUUUUCUGCUUUCUUCUACUGUUUUAAGAUUUUCAGUCUUGAUGACAAAAAACACGCUUUGCUCCAAUUAAAAUCAACCACCACUCAUAAGAUCAUAAAUCAAAUUUAAGAGAUUACUAUUUACACAAAUUGCUGUCAGAACAGUGUAAAUUUAGAUGAAGUUAGUGAAGCCAACAAUGUUUAACCAUACAUACAAUUGCAUGCAGUGAUGCAGAUAUUAUAACAGCAAUUGCUCACCAAUAGUUUUUGGCUGUUGAAUUGUAUUUUAGUGUACGAAACCUCUAACUUAUCAAUUGCUCAUCAAUUCAUUUAUUAAUUUAUUUAAAAUGAAUGAUUGAGAUACAUGUAUUACCUGCAGAAUUUUAUUAAUUCUACCACCAGUUUCAUUUUGAUGUCAUCAUUACUAGGGAUGACGGUGUCUUCUUUAUCAAUAGUAUUAGUAGCAUUGUGACUAUAUUUGUACUAUAAAUAUAACCACAAGAAAUGGGGUAUGAAAGCUUCUAUUCUGGGGUAUUCCACCUACUACUAUACAUUAUGGAAGUUCAACUUUUGACUAGUUAUUACGGCCACCCACCCAUAAAACUACAAAAGAAUAGUUGACAACUUCACAAAACUCUAAUUACUUUGAUUCAAGUGGUACCUGUAUAGUUUCCCUUAAGCAGAAUUUCGGAUUCGAGUCUUGUGUAUGAAAAAAAAAACACUCGUGCAAUGAUUAGCAGCUCAAACAGAAUUGCAUAGAGGUUAUCAUUGUUAGAUAAAAAAAAAUGCUAAUUACCUGCUGAAGAAAACAAAGAGUAGGAGUUGGCCUACUUCUCACCUUUGUGUAUGAGCCAAUCUCUAGUUAUCUGUUGCUUGAACUUUUGUUUUGUCUUCCUCUAUUUUUUCAAACACCAAUCAUAAGUAGCCUGUUUUUGUGAGUAAGUUUUCAUAAUACAUACCUACCAUUACAUUGAAAUGCUUCCAACAGAACCCAUCCAAACUCUUUUCUCUCUUCUUCUCUGCUACCUUUUUCAAUUCUCAAUCACAAAAUGAUCCUUCAAAUCUCCUUCCAUUACAAUAAACCUCAGCUAUGCAUUGUUAUUACAACUAUUUUAUUCUUGGCUACCACUGUUCUAUCUGUGAAUCCAAAAUUUGAGGCCUGCACACCUAGAAGCUGUGGAGCUGGUCCAUUCAUAAAGUAUCCCUUUUGGAUUCCUUAUGAACAUGAAUCAUUUUGUGGCUAUCCUCACUUUGAGAUCACCUGCAUAGACAACAAUCCAAUUCUCAGAACUUCUAAUUAUGACCUUUUAGUGAAAGAUAUCUCUUACUCUAACUCUUCAUUCACUGCAGCCAACAUAGCUGUCUAUGAGGAGAAAUGUUCUGCUCCAAUGUAUAAUUACAGCCUUUAUCAAACUCCAUUUUCCUAUAGUGCUGAAAAUUCCAACCUCUCUUUCUUCUAUAAUUGUACCACAAAACCCUUAGAUUACCCCACUUAUGAAGUAGACUGUGCUAAAAAUGCUACCCAUUAUUCUUUUGCGGUUUUUCACAAGGAGGCGCUUGAGCAUAAAAACUACUCUUUGAAUGAAUGUCAAUACAUGGUUAACGCGCCGUUGAACAUGAAUGCUUCUGUUAAUUUCUCUAGCUUAUUACGAAUGAGUUACACUGAAGUUCUGAAGAUGGGGUUUCUAUUGAAUUGGACUGCACCUGAUUGCCAAUACUGUGAGAAAAGUGGUGGGCGCUGUGGAUUUGAUGAUUAUAAAUUCCUCUGCUUCUGCAAGGAUAAGUCUUACCCAAAAAGUUGUGGUGAUGGAAAAAUGAAGCUGAAAGUCAUUAUAGGUGUUUCUUCUGCUGUGGUAGGAGCACUUGCAGUAAUCCUUGGCAUCUAUGUCUAUAAGCGCAAAAAGAACAUUAGUUAUGCAAAGUCAUCAUAUGUGCAAUCUAGAAGCCUCUCUUCAGAUCUAUCUUUGAAUGAUACUGAGAAGGGAAGUAGAUACUAUGGAGUGCACCUCUUCACCUAUACCGAACUUGAAGAGGCCACAAACAACUUUGACUCGUCCAAAGAACUAGGAGAGGGCGGCUUCGGGACAGUGUAUUUUGGCAAACUGCGGGAUGGGCGUUGUGUUGCAGUAAAGAGGUUGUACGAGAACAAUUGCAGGAGAGUUGAGCAAUUCAUGAAUGAAGUUGAGAUCCUAAUUCGUGUAGUCCACCCAAACUUGGUGUCACUCUAUGGAUGCACUUCACGCCACAGUCGUGAACUGUUGCUUGUGUAUGAGUACAUUUCGAAUGGAACCGUUGCUGAUCAUCUUCAUGGCAAACAAGCCAACCCUGGAAAAAUCUCUUGGCGCAUUAGAAUGAAUAUUGCUGUGGAGACAGCAAGUGCACUGAAAUAUCUUCAUGCAUCUGAAAUCAUCCACAGAGAUGUCAAAACAAAUAAUAUUCUUCUAGACAACCAUUUUAGGGUGAAAGUGGCAGAUUUUGGUCUUUCGCGUCUUUUCCCAGAGGAUGUCACACAUGUUUCAACAGCUCCACAAGGGACUCCAGGUUAUGUGGAUCCAGAGUACCACGAGUGCUACCAACUUACAAGCAAAAGUGAUGUCUACAGCUUUGGGGUUGUGCUGAUUGAGUUGAUAUCAUCCUUGCCUGCUGUUGACAUCACAAGGCAUAGACAUGAAAUCAAUUUGGCCAACAUGGCUAUAAACAAGAUUCAAAAGCAAGCAUUACAUGAGCUUGUUGACCCGACCCUCGGGUUUGAAUCAGACUUCAAGGCAAGGAAAAUGAUAAAUGCGGUGGCGGAGUUGGCAUUUCAGUGCCUGCAAAGUUCCAAAGAUAUGAGACCUUCUAUGGAUGAAGUGUUGGAUUCUCUCCAAGAUAUACAAAGUGAUGGCAAAUUUAAAAGCCAGCCUGAGGUAAUGGAUAUCUCAACCUCAGCUGAUGAUGAUGUUGUUUUGCUAAAGGAUGAUCCACCUCCACCAUCACCUGAUUCAAUUGGUAUCAGCAAGUCUACAACACCAAAUGCUAGCGGAUAAGUGACCCUUGUUUUUCAUCUCAUAAAAGUUAACCUUAUCUUAGUUCAUAUUUAAGCAGAGAUAUAGCAGCAAACUUAUAGCAUCAAAUCCACCCUAUUACAUACAGCCUGAGUUCUGUUUUUACUAAAGCGGAUAACUUUUAAGAUUGAGAUGUAUAUAUACUUAUAUAUUAUGAUAUUAGGUUUUUUUAGAUAUGGCAAUUAGAUAUCACUUUUUUUCAA